GUAGCAUUGAUAUUGUAGAUGGGUAAAUUCUAGUACAGCGUGUGCUCAGCUAGAUAUCUUAUGUAGUCUGUAUGAGUAGUGCCUUCCGUACAGUACAGUAACCGUAACCUUCGCACCUGCUCGACGGUAAGCAUCAAAAUUUCCCUGAAUGUUCCUCCAGCAAGUAAACAGUAUUCCAGAACUCACAUGUUAAAGGAAAACUUGCCAUAUCUUGCUGACGACUGCCAAGUUUCUAAUAAGAUUUCUCCUCACAUACACCCUAACCCAAUCCCUGAAACUCUGCAGCCAGGUAAGGUAAGUUUACGUAAGAAAGGCUACGUAGUGGUUAACGGGUUACGUGAUCGGAGAGAUAUUAGACCGCGCGCCAAGAAGCGCCGUGGCUGACAAAUCACACCCUUCUUCGUUCGACAAAAUAGGGGGAGAGCGAGAUGUACAUAUCCGACUAUCAGAUCAACUUGAUGAGACGAACUGUACAUUACCUUUUCACUAUAUACGUAAUCCAAUUAUGGCUGAUGAGGUUGCGGGACGGGAUAGCAGCUUGAAUGGAUCAGCAAUGAGAUCUGCUGAGGAAGAAUUACGGCGCCGCCGCGAGCGUGGGAAGCAAUCCCAGGCACGCUUUAGAAAGAGACAGGCCGAAGCGGUGCAAGAAACACGCGAGCAGAAUGAGAAGAUGAAGACUGCCAUCGCAACCAUAGUGAGAGCCACGCAGCGCAGUGACCAGGAUGGUUUACUAGAAGCUGUGCGCGCCGCCGCAGAUGUAGCCGGGGUUGACGCCUCGGGUCUAAAUGUAGUUGAAAAGACUAUGUGUGAGGAAGACACCAGGCAAGGUUCCUCAGUAAGUUCCAGCGGGCGAUCUACAAGAUCAAAUAUGCAACCCCUGAAGAUAGAGAUCCCUGUGAAUCAAGUAUACAGCAACUCUUCGAAACCUUGGUCCAGGGGAAGCACAUUGGCAGGGCGUCUGAGCCCACGGUUCGACUACGGGAUCUGGAUCGACACGCCCGCGCCACCAGCAUUCAUCAUGCCGUUCCUAGGUGAAGGGAGGUAUACUUUCCGCGGACAUCUCUAUUGGGCAUGCACGGAAUAUCUCAUCGCGCUUUGUCGCGCUAUCACGACGCCGCAAUCGCCGGCGCUGUGGUUUUCUUGCCAGCCCGGGAGCUGUCCUACGCCGCAAGAGGCUGAAGACCGGGUAUGGACGCAUAUACAGCACUGGCCGGCCGUGGAGAAUGUGCUUAUGCUACAGUCUAUAGCUGAAAAGCAGGUUUAUUACCGCGAUUACGGGUACAGUGAUGCCACAUGCAGCGAGCUGGGCGCUUGUCCAUUGGGGGGCCAAGUCGACGACUUGGAUAUAUGGAUGUCUAUUACCGAUGUGGAGAAACAUGUGCGACGACAGCUCGGCAAUGACGCCUUUUCUCGUCUCGAGAGGACGAUAGAGGUUUGCUGUGUCAGAAAGUCUCAAAACGCUAUGAGUGAAGAGCUGAUUAGCGUCGUCCGUCUGCUUAUGAAGAAUCUGGCCGAGAGCUUUAUUUGUUUCGGGGAUGGGCCACGGUGGAAAACCGAUGCCGUUUCCACACUUUUCAAGGACAUGAUGAGAAUAUGACUGCAUUUCUAGAGGAUCACGGAUUUGCAUGCUAGAAAUAAAUACCUUGCCUUCGAAAGGUAACCAAUACUUUGGAGAAAUAAGACCAAGGCAUGCCCGCUUUCAGCAACU